AUGGAUGAAAUAAAAAAAGAAUUACAAGAAUUUAUUGGUCCAACAACGACAACAAAUGAAGAUUCUACUAGAAAUAAUAUUGUAAGCAAUUUAAAAAAUAUUCAAAUGCUAAAUUAUGCAACUUAUUUUCUAUACUUACAACAAAAAAAUGAAUUAAAAAUGUAUUCAGACAAUUUUGUUUUGUUAAUACGAACAAUUAUUAAAAGUUUAGAAUAUAGUGACUCAAAAGUUUCUUUUGCUGCUCUAUUUUUAUCUAAAAUUUAUUUAAAAAAAGCAAAUAAUUUAGUUAAAAAAAUUUUUGAAUAUAUUCCAAAAUUUUUAGAUUCAUUAGAUGUUUCUACUUACGGUUAUUCUAGAAAUUAUGCUACAAUGGUUCAUUUUUUAAUCUCAUUUACAAGUACCUCAAGCUGGAAAGUUAUUCAAACAAAUCAAACAAUACAAAUUGCUUUAUCUUCCAUGUUUCCACAAUUAUUAGCAAUUUUAUUUUCACAUGAAUCUUUUGAAAAUUUUUAUAGUACAUUUAAAAAAGCUUUUUCUGAAAAAAAAAUUAUCCUUGGAAAUGAAUGUGUAGAUGGAAUAUUUUUAUUAUUUUUAAAAUCAUUAAAAUCAAAUGAUUUAAAUUGUAAAAAAACUAUAUAUAUUUUUAUUGAAUUAAUGAAAAUCCCUUCCAUAAUUCAAUGUUUAUCAAAUAUUUCUUUUAAAAAGAUGGCAGAUGACAAAAUUUAUACACAAUUAUUAUUGUUUUAUUACAAUAAUUCUGAAUUUUUUACUAAUUCUCUUCACCAAUCAAAUUAUUUAUCAUAUUUUGCUAAUUUUAUUGACCUUUCAAACCAUUUUCAAAAUGAAAUGUAUGAAAAUUUAUUUGAAUGGCUUCAUCAUGUACAUUUAUGUUUAAAAUUAUUUCGAGAACUUGUUCCAAAUACAAAAAAUAUAACCAAAAAUAGGACAACAUAUUGGCAUCCAUUAUUUGGUAAUAUUAUAUUUAAUUUAGAAAGUACAAAUACUGAUGCCUUUAAACUUAUGAGAAAACAAUUGUCCUUACUUUGGAGUAAACAAUUUUUAAAACUUUUAUUUUAUAAUUUGUUGGAAAAACGUGAAUCUAAUAAUGGAAAAAAAAAUUUUAAUGGAAUAUUAAAAAAAUCUGAUAUAGAAUCUAAUAUUUCAGGAUUAUCAUUAGGAGAUGUUAGAAAUUCAAUUCAAGGAUUAUUAAAAACAUUUGUUAAAAAUUGUAAUACUACAUCAAUUCCAUCACCUGGUAUAAGUACAUUAAUAUGUGAUUUAUAUUAUAAUAUUUUGGAAACAUUUCAAAAUAUUCAAUUAGAUAUAUUAGCAGCCAUAACAAGUGAUGAUUUAAUUUUACCUGCAUUAUGGAGUCAUAUAAACAGAGAUAAUAGAUCAUUAAAUUUUUAUUUCAAAAUUUUACCACAAUAUAAAAAAUUUGAAUCACCACAUUUUUCAGUUUUAAUACUUUUUUCUAAAGCAACAAUUAGUAUUUUAAAUUUAUUAGAUGAAAAAGAAAUGUAUGAAAUACAAAAACCUUUUUCUUUAGAUGAAUUAUGUGAAAUUGGAAGAUUUACAAAUCAUUUUUGUUUUAAGGUAAUUUGGAAUAAAAUUAUUAAAAUAGAACAACCUAAAGAUCAUCCUGUUUAUGAAGCUAUGUAUAAACUUCUUAAUAUUUUAUAUAAUAGAGAUUGGAGAAGAAGUUUUACUAAUAGUUAUAAAAAAUUUUGGAUAGCUCCAGAUACAAAAGGUACAAGUAUAAUAAAUAUGUAUGAAAAUGAUGAUAAAGAAGCUAAAUUUAUUAUGACUUAUUUGCCACAUAUAAUUCCAUUAAUGGAUAGAGUAGAAUAUUUUAGAAAAAUAGUUGGAAGAGAAAAAGAUGCAUAUGCAUCACCAGCAAAGUCAAUUACAAUUGAAAGAACACAUAUAAUAGAAGAUGGUUAUAGACAAUUAAAUGGAAUGAAUCCAAAAGAUUUAAAAAAUACAAUACGAGUAAAAUUUAUAAAUGCACAGGGUCUUGAUGAAGCUGGAAUUGAUCGUGAUGGUGUUUUUAAAGAAUUUUUAGAACUUACAUUAAGACAAGUUUUUGAUCCACAAUUAAAUUUAUUUCAUACAACAGAAAAUAAUUAUAUUAUGCCAUCACCAACAUCAUAUUUUCAUGAAGAUCAUUUACAAUUAUUUCUUUUUGUUGGUAAAAUGUUAGCUAAAUCUGUAUAUGAAGGAAUUGUUACUGAUUUAAAAAUUGCUCCAGUCUUAUUAGCAAUAAUGACGGGAAAAAAAUUAUCUGCAUUUGAUGAAUUAUCAAAACUUGAUCCAAAUUUAUAUAAAUCAUUAACUUAUAUAAAAUAUUAUAAUGAUUCAGAUGAUAUAGGAGAUCUUGAUUUAACAUUUUCUGUUGAUGAACAAGAAUUAGGUGUUAUUAAGACUAUUGAUUUGAUACCUGGUGGACGUCAUAUUGCAGUAACAAAUGAAAAUAAAAUUCGUUAUAUACAUACUAUGGCUCAAUAUCGUGUUUAUGUACAAACAAAAGAACAAAAUGCAGCAUUUGUAAAAGGAUUCACUUCUGUACUUGACCAAACAUGGUUAAAUUUUUUUUCACCACAUGAGAUACAAUUUUUAAUUUCAGGUAAUAAUGAUGAUAUUAAUAUUGCUGAUUUAAAAAUGCAUGUACAUUAUUAUGGUGGUUUUCAUAGUCAACAUAAAGUUAUAAAAUGGUUAUGGGAAAUAUUAGAAAAAGAUUUAAAACCAGAGGAACGUCGUUUAUUUUUAAAAUUUGUUACAUCAUGUUCACAGGCACCAUUACAAGGUUUUAAACAUUUAUAUCCACAAUUUAGUAUAAGAUGUGUUGAGUAUGGUGAUGAUGAUGAUCCUGGUGAUACUAUAGGAAGUGUUGUAAGAGGAUUUUUUGCAAUUAAAAAAAAAAGUAAUAAUGAUAGAUUACCAACAUCUUCAACAUGCUUCAAUUUAUUAAAAUUACCAAAUUAUUCAAAAAAAUCAAUUUUAUUGGAAAAACUACGUUAUGCAAUACAUGCAGGAACUGGAUUUGAAUUAAGUUGA